UCGGCUACAUGUUUACGACAAGUUUCCAACAAAAAUGACAGAUAUAUACUCUGAAACCGAGGUUUACCACGUUUUAGAGAUCGUUGGAAAAGGAACAUUUGGUAAAGUUGCAAAAUGCUGGCGGGGGAGAGAUGGGGAAUUAGUUGCCUUGAAAAUGAUGGACACUGGCGACAACAAAAGUCGAGUAAUUAAGAAUGAAUUGAAACUGAUCGCAACCAUUUGCACAGUAAAUAUAGAGAAGAGUCAUAUUGUACAAUUCUACGAGGCCUUCUCUGGUCAAAAUUGCCAUUAUAUAGUAUUUGAACUGUUGGAGAAGAAUUUGUACCAGCUUCAACAAGAAAAUAAAUUUAGACCAAUGGCCAUUCGUGAUAUUCGGACCAUUACUUGUCAAGUGCUGAAAGCCCUUGCUAAACUAAAAGAGUUGGGGAUAAUACACGCUGAUCUAAAGCCCGAGAAUAUCAUGGUGGUGGACCAGAACCGUCAUCCUUUCCGUGUCAAGGUGAUCGACUUUGGAUCAGCAAGUCUUUUCCACGAAGUACGAUACGUAAGAGAGCCAUACAUCCAGUCAAGAUUCUACAGAUCACCAGAAAUACUUCUUGGACUUCCGUUCUGUGAGAAAGUGGAUAUGUGGUCCCUUGGCUGCAUCAUAUCUGAACUUUGUAUUGGCUGGCCCCUCUACCCUGGGGAAUCUGAAUAUGACCAAGUGCGUUACAUUUGUGAAACCCAGGGAAUUCCUGGCACCCAUCUUCUCAACGCUGCCAGCAAGGCCCACCUGUACUUCAAACUCUCAAAACCCUCUGGUCGUGGAGCACCUCAGUGGGAGCUUAAGCCCCCUUCUUCUGCUGCCAAAGCUGGACCUAAGAAGGCAGAACCCUCAGAUACAGAGGGUUCUACAGAACGGAGGAAGUUCAUCUUUAAGUCUUUGGAUGGCCUCAAGCAUGUAGUCGUAGAUGACCCUCGCACAGGCAAGAGAUUCCGCAAUGAAGAGGUUGCUGCAGAGAUAUGUGAUAAACAUGUGAUGGUGGAACUCGUGAAGCGAAUGCUGACCAUUGACUCCCACCAAAGGAUCAACCCUUGCUCAGCACUGCGCCAUCAGUUCAUCACCAUGCACCACCUGCGGCACGAGCAUCCACAUUACUACAAGACAUCUCACGAGUGUCUGCAGGUAGCAGUUCACCUGGCCAGAACAUCCGGAGGAGACAGUGCAAGGCCACGUCCACGUCCCCGUCCCCAGGCAGAGGCACAGCCCCACCCAUCUCACCGCCCUCAGCCUCAGCCUCAGCCCCAGCUCCAUCCGCGGCCUGCAUACCAGCUUCAACGUGGUGGCCCUGCAGUCAAACAGGGAGCCCUGUAUCAGAGUGGGAGCUGCCAGGCGGCCUUCACCAGAAAGACGCAUGCAGACACUGGUGCCAUGACCUCAUCUGGGGCACAGAGCCAGCACAACCUGGUGCACAGCCAAGUGCGCAAGACCACCCAGCAGCUGGACGACCUGUGCAUCGUGGAUGAGCAGGACAUGACCUACGAGACGGCCUCGGAGCCCUCAGAGGAGUCAGAUCAAGACAGCCACAGUGACAGUGGAGAGGAGGCCGAUGUGGACGAGGCCCAACACCCCAAACCGUCCAAGUCAAAUGACGGGGGAGCAGACGAGGAGAAGGGGGCGACGGGACCACGCAAGGACCUCUCAUUCAGCGAGUCCAUACUCUCGUACUUCACCAGCCUCUGCAGCAAGCAGUCCGCCACAGCCAAAGUCCCCGAGGCACAAACACGUGAUGCCACCAAUGCCAACACCUCAUCUGGGCCCUCUAUCAGAGCACCGGAUCAGGAAGCCACGCCUCACGGGUCUUUGUGGGAGGAGCUGGGAUUCUCCUGUCUGGACUCCAUGGAUGAGCUGGAGGAUGCGAAGCCGCCACAGGACUUCCUGGCCGAGACGCAGGACUUCUCAGGCGAUGACAUGAUGACUGAGGAGCUCGUCAAUCAGAUCCUCACUCAGAGCUCGGCGGAGGUGGAAGACGGCGACGAUGUGGCCAUGACCAUGAUGACCGUGCCCAACCAGGACCUGCUCAGUGCCCAGGGGGCUAACGCAGGAGCCAGGUAUCCACAGUAUAGUGACCAGCCAACUCAAGCAGGCGGGGAGUAUAUGCUUCAGUACAUCCCAUACGAUGCUGAGGCCCAGCUGUACCAGUGGUCGGACUCCAACACCUGGAUGGCUGAAGCCCAGGUGCCUCCAUUCCGUACCUUUGGCCAGCCUACCCGGACAGGAAACGGCACCCAAGACUUCCUGCGGUACUGAGGGUCACAGCGAUGGAGCCCAUUUACACAGGAAAUCAUGCUGAAGGCCAAAGACUAAAGACCAUAUCAAUGAAACUGGGAGAAGAACACUUCUACUACUACUACAACUAUGCUGAUCCACGUGGUCAUAAAUUCACCUGCACAUCCUCAAUGUUUUUAUACCAAAGAUCUGCCACGGUGCAGUUUUUAAAUCAUGGUAGAGAGUUUCUUUUUUUUAAUAACAGUGUUUUGGAUAUCAAAUUCCAAAAUGAAGAUAUGAUUUUACCUAAUAAACAUGAUGGAUUAAGAAAAGAGAAGACGGUAUAAAAGAACAUCACAAAAAACAAUAUGAAUAAAAAUACAUUUAUUUCAA